UGGCGCUAUGUUUUGAUUUCAUCAUGUUGCCGAUUUCUAGGUUAUGUGUAGUGUAUACUUCUACAGUUUUUAGUCAUCUAUUAAGAUUGGAUUCCUUGGCAGUGGGUGAUGUGUUUUAAACAAUAGCCACUCGCAUGUUCAGUAAUUUUAUAGUCUUUUAUGAACGUCUUUCUCUGUUGUUGAAGACGUUUACUGUCAUCGGUGACAUUUCAUAUACGCGAUGACAGCAGAUAAGAAGCAUCAAGAUGACAUUGGAAGCCUCUUUGGAGGCAUCACUUUCUUCGCCAGGAGCCAUCCAGGCGAAAUGUGUGGCAGUAAUGGCCUGCCAUUGACGCCGAAUUCUAUAACUAUUUAUGGAAGAGCACAGUUUCUCAAAACCAUCAAACAUCCGCAUUUGUGUACAUACGUGGACAUAAUAAGAGGAAAACAUGAGAGGACGAUGGUGGUGUGUCAGUAUCAUCCCAAACCUUUAAGUGGACAGUUUCUCCCACUCAAUGCAUUACAGAAAUUUACUAUGCAAAUAGUUGAUGCUUUAAAUCACCUGAAUACUUUGCGAAUUGUCCAUCGAAGUCUUUGUCCAGAAAACAUAUUAGUUGAUGAUAAAGGAGAUGUGAAGCUCUUCAAUUAUGGACUUUAUUACAUGACUGGAGAAGGAACUGAUGUUUCAUUUCCCAUAGGCCAUCCAAAAUACAUGGCUCCAGAAGUGUUGCUUGGUGCACAGUCAGGACCAAAAGUGGAUGUUUGGUCAUUAGGUAUGAUACUACUUGAACAAGCUAUGGGUAAAACACUUUGGGCUGGUUUACGCCUGGCUCAGUGGCUAAGAAAGGUUCUUAGUUUGCUGCAUUGUCCUAGUGUUGUGGAGAAGAUAGCAAGAGAGCAUAACUGCUGGGAACAGUUACAACAGACAGUGCCCGCUGAUUUCCUAGACCUUCUGUCCAAAUGCCUGAAUAUAUACACAAGUCAACGGCCAAUGCCUCGUCAACUGAUGUGCCAUCCGUACCUUAAAGAUAUUGAACAGAAAUCUGUUACGGAAUCUGUUCCACAAUCUAGACGACACCCUCUGCUGGAAAGGCCCCUAAAAGAGCUGUACCAUUUGUGGAGACUGGCAGGCGGUGAUGUACAGGCAGAACUGCGAAAGCAGGGUCUUAUACGCACAAAACCUCCAAUUCUAUCACUUCCAAGUCUGGUGAUACUGGAAGGCACGGUGUUUGGACAGAUCAGAGACCGAACUUCAAUGCUGGAUUUACGUGUUGUUCCACUGCCUCUGGACACACUUGUUCAGAGACUGGCACAUGUACCACCAACUUCAUACUACCCUCUAAUUGAAGUAAAGUCUGACAUUAUUGGUGAAGAUCCACAACCAGAUGCUGCCAAUUUACCACUUGUUAUCCGAGAACGAGACACAGAGUACCAGCUUCAUCGGAUACUUUUGUGUGAUAGGUUACUUGAAGGGUACCCAUAUAAGAAAGCUGCGCUUAUUAAGGAAGCUCGCAAAGAUAUUCCACCUCUGUUCCGUGGUGAUAUGUGGGCUGCUGUGUUGGAAGUCGUAGGUGAUAUUCAGGGCCGUUACACAGCAAUUGAUAAGGAAACGCCUACACAUACAGACAGACAGAUCGAAGUGGAUAUUCCACGCUGCCACCAGUAUGACGAACUCCUGUCCUCAACGGAGGGCCAUAAGAAAUUCAAGCGUAUAUUGAAAGCUUGGGUGGUAAGUCACCCACAGUAUGUCUAUUGGCAGGGAUUGGAUUCUCUUUGUGCACCUUUCUUGUAUCUCAAUUUUAAUAAUGAAGCUCAAGCUUAUGCUUGUCUCUCAGCAUUUAUACCAAAAUAUCUGCACAAUUUCUUUCUGAAAGAUAAUUCAGCAGUAAUACAGGAAUAUCUUGCAAAAUUUUCCCAUCUAAUAGCAUUCCACGAUCCUGAACUUGCAAAUCAUCUUGCUAGUAUAUCAUUCAUACCUGAAUUAUUUGCAAUACCAUGGUUUCUCACAAUGUUUUCACAUGUAUUUCCAUUGCACAAAAUCCUUCACCUCUGGGACAAACUGCUGCUUGGAGAUGCUUCUUUUCCACUUUUUGUGGGCUUAGCAAUAUUGAAGCAACUGAGAGAUACAUUACUAACUUCAGGCUUCAAUGAAUGUAUUCUGUUGUUCUCUGACUUACCAGAAAUAGACAUGGAACGUUGUGUUAAUGAUUCAAUUGAGAUGUAUUGCAACACGCCCCGUAGUGUUACCUACAGACAGCACGAGUUGCCAGUAAAAACUGAAACAAAUGUGAACCCUGAUCUGGAGAUGAGCCCAAUUCCAUUAUCUGAGCUGCAGAAAGAGUUCUGUCCUCGUAUAAGUGCAGCCAAUUUAUUAGAGCUAAUGGACAUAAAGCAAAACAAAUUUUCAAAAUCAAAAGUUGUUGUUGUGGAUGUGCGACCUCCAGAUGAAUACAACCGAGGUGCAAUUCCAUCAAGUAUCAAUAUUCCAUUUUCAACUGUAAAUUUAUCAGAAAAUCAGUUACCUCCAGGGCCUGAGAACAGUAUUCUUCAUAGUCACAAAGGCAAGGUUAUUACAGUGGUUGGAUCACGUGGACCAAAUGCUUCUCAGUUUGGACACAUGUUGGUUCAGUGUGGGUUUCCACGGGUCUGCGUCCUGCACGGAGGAGUACAGGUGUUGCGUUCUUCCAACAUUUUGCUGGUUCCAGGAGCCAUGUGACGGCACAACAUGGCACUUGCAAAGUGCGAUAGUUGCUGAAUUCAUGUGAUACAUUAUUGGAGAAAGUAAUCUGGCCCGUGGUAUACUUGAUAUGUGCAGAAGAAAACUACACGAUGUAAUGUUCAAGGUCACAAUGGUGUAACAGUUGUGAAUCAAGGGAUUAUAUGGUUCUCACUGAAAUUACCAAUUUAAUACAUGAUUAUUGUGAACAACAAAAUACUUUGUCUUUUGAGAUGGUCACAAUUAUUCCUUAUUUUUCCAUUCCAUUUGUAAGCUAUAAAAGAGUCUUCUAAGAGAAGCAGAGUAUUCUUAAUGACUGAGGUGAAAACUAGUGUAUGUUUAUAAUUGUAUAUUUAUUAAUAGUUUCAGUUGUUGAAAUAAGAUUUGUAUGUAGAGAGUCUUGAAAGCAAAGAAAACUGUCAUAUUUUUUUGGAAAUUCAAAGUUUAAAUGUUAUAUAAACUGCGGAAAUUUGCAUAUAUGCUUCAGCAAAUGUUUCUGCUGAUGAAUUAUUUAUUCCCUGUUUGAAAAAUGCAAGUCAGGGAUAUACUUGUAAAUCUAUUGUACAUAGUUUAAUUAUUCUUCAGUGAUUAAAAACUAUGUCAGUGGUUUAAAUAUACUGAUGGCUGUGCUUACUAUGGCAGAUAUAUUGAAGAAAAAAUUAGAGUAGUUGUUAAUUUCCUCUUGAAAUUAUUUACUUGUUAUUAACAUACAUAUGUCAUUAAAUAUGUUUGAAAACAGAUUUGUCUUUGUGUAUCACAGUAGUUCUUUCUGUUGUAUGUCAUUU